AGUCACUGCCCCAGCCGGAGCUGGCCAACCCUCUCCACCCGGGACUUGGGCAGCGGCGCCGGCAGCCCAGCGUCUAUUUGCGCUUGAGAGCCAGCAAGGAAGCUCCAGGGGCCCCAGCUGGCCGUGCUCCCCCGGGAUGCAAGUCCCUGCGCGGACGCCCGGCAGCGGCUGGCACGGGCGCGGCUGCUCCGGGUGCACAGGGAUGCUGCUGUUCCGGGGACCCCGGCGCCCUGCUUUGGCCAGCCCCGCGGGCCCCUGAGGCCACUCUCCGGAGCGCGCCGCCGCUGGGCUUCUGGAGCUGCCUGAGGCAUCCUCCCCAACCACCGAACCUCCGGCGGUUCUCCUCGGCCCAGACCGAUGGAGCCGGGGAUGCUGGGUCCACACAACCUCCCACACCACGAGCCAAUCAGCUUCGGCAUCGAUCAGAUCCUGAGCGGCCCCGAAACCCCAGGGGGCGGUCUAGGCCCGGGUCGCGGGGGCCAGGGUCAUGGGGAGAGUGGGGCGUUCUCGGGUGGAUACCACGGAGCCUCGGGCUACGGUCCCGCCGGCUCACUUGCCCCGCUGCCCGGCAGCUCCGGAGUGGCCCCGGGCGGCGUGAUCCGCGUCCCUGCGCACCGCCCGCUGCCUGUGCCACCGCCCGCCGGGGGGGCGCCUGCAGUGCCUGGGCCCUCGGGUUUGGGCGGCGCCGGAGGCCUAGCGGGACUCACCUUCCCCUGGAUGGACAGCGGCCGCCGCUUUGCCAAGGACCGGAUCACGGCUGCGCUCUCGCCCUUCUCUGGGACGCGCCGCAUAGGCCACCCCUACCAAAACCGGACCCCUCCGAAGCGGAAGAAGCCGCGCACGUCCUUCUCCCGCUCACAGGUGCUGGAGUUGGAGCGGCGCUUCCUGCGCCAGAAGUACCUGGCCUCUGCGGAGAGGGCGGCGCUGGCCAAGGCCUUGCGCAUGACCGACGCACAGGUCAAAACGUGGUUCCAGAACCGACGCACCAAGUGGCGGCGCCAGACGGCGGAGGAGCGCGAGGCCGAGCGGCACCGCGCGGGCCGGCUGCUCCUGCACCUGCAGCAGGACGCGUUGCCACGGCCGCUGCGGCCGCCGCUGCCCCCGGACCCUCUCUGCCUGCACAACUCGUCUCUCUUCGCGCUGCAGAACCUGCAGCCCUGGGCCGAGGACAACAAAGUGGCUUCAGUGUCCGGGCUCGCCUCGGUAGUGUGAGCGACGCCCGUCCGAUCGGCGUGGAGCGCCGGGCCCGGAGCGGUGGAGAGCGCGGCUGCCUGCGCCCAUGGUCUAGUGGCAGCCAGGCGCGUGAGGAGCGGCAGGCCUUGAGGCUGUCGUCGAGGGCUCCUCCACCACCGGCCGGCUCCCAAGCCAGCGUUGCGCAGAUGCAAGGCCAGCUCAGAGGCGGCCUUUCCCGCCAUUUUUCACUUCACUGCCGUUACGCCGGCCGCCGCUGGAACCUGAGGCGCCGAGAGGGCGGGACCUGCAGGACAGUAGCCAAUGAGGUGCGGGGAGGAGGCCGGGCUGGCCAAUGGGAGCUGCUUUCCUGAGGGACUCGGAAUUCUCCGGCGGGUGGUCGGGAGCUGGGGCUCUGCGGGGCUCUAGCGGCGUUGCGCGCGGUGCCGGCUGGGUCUGUACCAAAGGUGUGAAGGAAAGAAGACGCCGACCACGGCGAAGCAAUAGAGGGGGUGCUGGAGCGCGAGAGGCUGGCUGAUUGUGACCGGAACCAGAGGGUUGUCCACCCCGGGCAUCUCAUCCCUCAACAGUAAAAUAAUCGCUAAGGAUUCCUUCCUGAC